UUUAUUUGGCAGAAGUUGUCGUCGGUUAAGGUUGGCAUAUUUUUGACAAUUGACAUACAAACUAUUUGAGAUUUGAGACUAGAGAAGGUAAAAAGUAAGAUACCAAAACAGCAUUUGGAAUAUUCGUUAGCUUAGCAUGGAUUUAUAAUUUAAAAAAACUGUUUCGGGCGUGUAGUGUAUUUUCUUCACCGUGUGCACCUGUUGUUUUGAUUGCCAUUGAUUUUACUGUUGACCAAAGAUGAGCGUGGAUCCAGAGACCGCGGUUUUGGAGUCCAGCUACGUACCGUACACCGGUACCGCCUUUCAAUAUGCAGAGUACAAUUUCGAAAACAAUUCCAAUGCCGCUUUGGAGUUGGCUAGGUGUCAAUGGCCCAACUAUGAUGAUCAACACUAUCUGAAAGGUUGCAAGUGGUCUCCAGAUGGUACGUGUUUGCUGACAGUGGUACGAGGGGCUGGUAUGCAUGUUAUGGAACUGCCAUCAGAUUUAUAUACAGGUGACACAAUUUUAACCAGUAGACCAAUCACAGGUUUAUCACCUGCAGUUAGCGUUCCAGAAGGAGGACUUAUAUAUGACUACUGUUGGUAUCCUGGAAUGAACAGCGCUAACCCUGCUACAUGCUGCUGGGCUUCCAGUAGUCAUGCCGGUCCCAUACACCUGUGGGAUGCUUUCACAGGUGAUUUGAGAUGCACUUAUCGAGGUUAUAAUGCUGUUGAUGAAGUGGAACCUGCUAUGAGUGUUUCCUUUUCAGCAGAUGGACAAAACGUUUUUGGAGGGUAUAAGAAAAAUGUGAAAAUAUUUGCAACUGGCAGACCUGGUAGAGAAUGUAUAGAGUAUCCAGUUGCACAUCAAGUUAGCUGUCUGACUGCUAGCUUAGCUCAACCUGGAGUCGUAGCUAUAGGAACUGUGAAGAAUACAAUCGAACUAGUUUCUCAGAGUGACGGUACCUUCAGGCACCUCUGUAAGUUGUCAGGUCACAAAGGUGGAGUGACCAGUAUGGCAUUCUCUCUAGAUGGCUUCCGUUUGUAUAGUGGGGCGAGAAAAGACAAAGAAAUCAUAUGCUGGGAUCUACGUCGAAGCUCUCAUUCAAGCUCUGAAUUCAGUGUGUCGCAUCUCAAGGCACUGUAGUGCAAACUGACUUCAGAUUCGCGAUUUGCGAUGAUUUGUAUUGUUCUCUAUCUGAUCGAGGCAAAAGAAUAUUGACGAAAUUUGCGUUUUAGGUGCCAGGUAGACCGAUGUUCUGCGUAUCUAGAGAAGCAAACACCAACCAAAAAAUCUAUAUAGAUCUGUCAGUAGAUGGGAAAUGGUUGGUUUCAGGCGGAACCGACGGUAAGGUACAAGUGUGGAAUGUCGAACAGCAGACUUAUCCUACUGUUCACAUGCAGGCCGUAUUUCUGCUGUUUCUGCUACCAGAACUAUAUCAACGAUACAAAGCUGAAACACCAGGAUAACAAUAACUUUCAUUCCUUUUCACAAUCAAUAUAGAAAACAUUUACAGGAUCGGUGCUACUAUAUCUCUCACAAACACAGUAGUCGAUGGGGCUACACAAGGACUGUGUCAACGGGGUCAGUCUGCAUCCUUACCGACCGAUUUUGGCGACCGCGUCAGGACAACACCACGCCCAAGAUCCACUACAUCACACCAGACAUGCGAAAGUGUACGAGAACGCGUUGGGUAUGUGGUGGUUGGGCCAGCAACAGGAGGACAAUGAUAUCAUUACUGCCAUCAUUAAAGCAGCCACUCAUACUUAACUGUAGGUUUAUUUAGGUGUUACUCUGUUGAAUAAAUUAGGUUUUUGUAUAAA